AUGUCCGUCGCGGAGAUCCGCAUGUCCGUCCGGGUGCGGCCGACGCCCCCGGGCGACCCGCGCGCGGUCAACCUCGAUCCCCGAACGGGCGCCCUCGCGCUCACCACCGGCGAGGUCUUCGACUAUCCCUCGUCCGUCGUGGUGGGGUCGGACCAGGACGUGGCGUACGACGCGCUCUGCGCGCCGCUGGUCAGGCACGCGCUCACUGGAUACGACUGCACGCUCGUUGCCUACGGCCAGACCGGCAGCGGGAAGACGCACACGAUGUUCGGCCCGCCGGGGUGCCUGGUCGAGGCCAGGGUGCGACAGUGGCGCGGGGAGUCAGACGGCGGUAAAUCGACGGACGCGCCGCGAGACUGGGGGUUGUUUCCGCGCGCCGUGCUCGAGCUGAUGCGCACGCCCGGCGUGCGCUCCAUCCGCGCCUCCGCGGUGGAGGUGUACCACGAGAACGUGUUCGACCUCAUGAACGCGCGGGAGCAGCUCAGCCUCGGGAGCUCGAAGACCAAGUUCGGACGGCGCGUGCAAGGCGCGACGGAGAGCGGGAGCGACGACGUCGCCGCGCGCGGCGGCCAGGGCGGCGUCCACCCUUCCUGCUGCACGUGCCACAAGUGCUUCCAGCUCCAGGAGAAGGAAAAAGAACGCGCGCGAGCCGAGAGGACGCUCGUAGCCUCCACCAGAGGUUCUUCCAGAGCUGUUUCUGAAGGGACGAGGACGUCCUGGUCAUCGAACGCGCCGGCGUCGUCGUCGAACGCGCAGACCACGCGCGAGACGUUCUCCACGGUGGGCGAGACGCUCGUGCCGCUCGAUACCCCCGAGUCCCUCGCUCGAUUCGCUCGAUCCGUGGAAGCCACGCGGACGUCCAAGUCGCACCUGCUCAACGACCGCUCGAGCCGCUCGCACUGCCUCGUGAAGGUGCGCGCCAAGUCAUCGGACGGCGCGCGCGUGAGUCUCCUGUUCGUCGACCUCGCCGGGUCCGAACGCGUCGCACGGACGGGCGCGACGGGCGAGGCCAAGCACGAGGCGCAGGCCAUCAACGGGUCACUCUCGGCGCUCGGUCGCGUGGUGAAGAUGCUGGGCGAACAGAGCCGCGCCAAAAAGGGGCGGGGCGGCGCCCCGCGCGGACACGUGCCGUACCGCGACGCCUCGCUCACGAUGUUGCUCCGCGAUUCCUUCGGGGGCGGGUCGUGCACGUCCGUGGUGGUCAACGUCGCCGGCGAACCCGAACACGUCGACGAGACGGCGUGUUCGCUGCGGUUCGGCGAGCGCAUGUCCGUGGUGCGAAACGAGCCCACGACGCGGGUCCUGGGCGACGUCGACGCACGGUCGUCGUGCGAAGCACCGGGUGGAGGGCGGGGAUCCAUCUCGCGGACGAAGGUCGGCACCGACGUGAGCCGGGCCGCCGAGCUCAAAAGGCGACUCGCGGUUGCGAGGGCCGAGCUGAACGCGCUCGAGCUCUCGGGCCACGGCGGCGGGUUCGUGAAGGGCGGGCCGGUGACUGAGAUUCAGUCCCUGCGUCGUGGCUUGGAAAAGCUCAAGGCGGUGGACGCGGCGAGCGCGAAGCUGCGCGUGGAUAUGGCGGAGGCUCAGGGGGAACGAGCGCCGAGCGCGGUGAAAAUCUCGCAUUUGCGGAAAGCGUUGGCGACGUCGGCGAACCAGGCGGAGGUUUUGCGCUCGGUGGUGGAGCGCCAGAAGACCAUCAAGGCCAUCUGGGCCGAGCCCACGGUGUCGUACGCCAGGAAAGCCGCGGAGGUGAGGCAGAUUCAAAGCGAGCUGGAGAUGGAGGAGUCGUACUGGGUCGGCCGCGAUCAGUACGGCGACCGCUUUGACAUCACCAUGGGCCCUUGCCAGCCCGAGCAGACCGUCCAGUGCCGCCGCACCGUCACCGCCACCCGACUGGACCGUAACCACGGCUGGGGCAUGAACCUUCGCUUCCGCUGUGGCGGCCAGGUUGUCUCCAUUGGCAACUCCUUUACCCGCUCCAGGUCCACCACCACCAGUUUCACCAUGUCCGACGGCCAGUGCCCCGACGUGGUCAACAGGAACAACUGGGAGGGCCACGACAGGUACAGCGACAGGUUCGCCAUCAAGGUCUCCGGCUGCGUCGGUGCCGCCCUCGGCGAUGCCCAGAAGUACGACCACGAAGACAAGCUCAUCCAGUAA